GUUAGCGUCUCCGUCUCCGGUCACCAUGUCGGAGCCCGAAGGCGAGAGCUUGCGAAGCACCUUCCCCUCUUACAUGGCGGAGGGCGAGCGGCUCUAUCUAUGCGGAGAAUUCUCCAAAGCCGCCCAGAGCUUCAGCAACGCUCUUCACCUUCAGAAUGGAGAUAAGAACUGCCUGGUUGCCCGCUCUAAGUGCUUCCUGAAGAUGGGAGACUUGGAGCAGUCCCUGCAGGAUGCUGAGGCUUCGCUCCAGAGUGACCCGGCUUUCUGCAAGGGGAUUUUACAGAAGGCUGAGACACUGUACACCAUGGGAGACUUUGAGUUUGCCUUGGUGUUCUACCAUCGAGGCUAUAAGCUGCGGCCUGACCGGGAGUUCAAAGUUGGAAUACAGAAAGCCCAGGAAGCCAUCAACAACUCUGUGGGCAGUCCUUCUUCCAUUAAGCUGGAGAACAAGGGGGACCUGUCCUUCCUAAGCAAGCAGGCCGAGAAUUUGAAAGCCCAGCAGAAGCCGCAUCCCAUGAAACACCUCCUGCACCCUGCCAAGACAGAGCCUAAGCGAAAGGGCUCACUUAAGAGCCAGAGGACGGUCCGCCAGCUCCUGGGGGAGCUCUAUGUGGACAAGGAGUACCUGGAGAAGCUCCUGCUGGACAAAGACCUGAUCAGAGGCACCGUGAAGGGUGGCCUGACCGUGGAGGACCUCAUCAUGACAGGCAUCAACUACCUGGACACACGCAGCAACUUCUGGAGGCAGCAGAAGCCCAUCUAUGCCCGAGAGCGGGACCGGAAACUAAUGCAGGAGAAGUGGCUGCGGGACCGCAAGCGCCACCCCUCGCAGACAACCCACUACAUCCUCAAGAGCCUGGAGGACAUUGAUAUGUUGCUGACCAGCGGCAACGCUGAGGGGAGUCUCCAGAAGGCCGAAAAGGUGCUGAAGAAGGUCCUGGAGUGGGACCAGGAUGAGGUGCCCAACAAGGACGAACUGGUGGGAAACCUGCACAGCUGCAUCGGGAACGCACAGAUCGAGCUGGGCCAGAUGAUGGCCGCCCUGCAGAGCCACAGGAGGGACCUGGAGAUCGCCCGGGAGCAUGACCUUUCCGAUGCAAAAUCGAGAGCCCUUGACAACAUUGGCAGAGUCUUUGCCAGAGUUGGGAAAUUCCAGCAAGCCAUUGACACGUGGGAAGAGAAGAUCCCUCUGGCAAAAACCACCCUGGAGAAGACCUGGCUGUUCCAUGAGAUUGGCCGCUGCUACUUGGAGCUGAACCAGGCCUCGCAGGCCCAGAGUUACGGCCAGAAGUCCCAGCAUUGUGCUGAGGAGGAAGGGGAUGUCGAGUGGCAGCUGAACGCCAGCGUGCUGGUGGCGCAGGCACAAGGCCUUGGACGACGCCAACAAGGGCAUCAUUGA